GCUCUAUGUCUUCAUCUAAACCAUAGUUAAUAGAGGGGAAUGGUUAGGAAGGCCGGCACACUUCAAAGGGAUAGGUUAUUGUUUGAAUUUUUCGAAGUCACGUGUCAUUGACCGUGCAAAGCAUUUUUUCAAGAUGGCGUCCGCUGUGACAUAAAGUUGCCUUUCUUGCUAUUUUUCGAAGCGUUUUUUAUGAUCAAAUCAGUUAUAAAUCGUUUWAAAAUAUAUCAAARUACCUCAUUAACAAUGCCCGGUGAUAACUGUUCUGUUGUUGGAUGCGGAACGUGCCGGAAUUCAAAAGGAAUAGGCAUCUGGAAGCUACCUGCACCAAGAAAUGAUGAAUACAAGAAAUGGAGACUCGACUGGCUGAAUGAACUCACAAAGUAUCGAGAAGUCGAUAAACACUUCCAAAAAUUGAUUGACAACGAUAGAGUCUACACAUGUGAGAAGAAUUUCGGUCCCGAACACAUAGAACAUUUUCAAUCCGAGAAGAUGACAAAGAAAAAGCCAAAAUUUGGGGCUCUUCCAACCUUAAAUAUGCCACGAAAAAGCGUAAACACCACGAAGACUGUACCUAGGCAACCCAGGUCAAUCGUCAAAGACCACGAGGAAGACUCAAAGAAAAGAAAUGUAUAUAACCACUUCAAUGAACUUUGUAAACGAGUGCAGUCUCUCAAAACUUUGGCCAAAUGGAAAU